AAGCCAACCCCAUCGCCACCGGCUCACUGCUAAGAACACACUCCCGCCCCACCCCACCGACAGCAGCAAUGAAGGCCCUCGCCGGCGACGGCAACGCCUCAGCGCCGCUUCUGCAGGCGACCAAGAUCAGCAUCCCCGCCUCCUCCACGGGCGGGGCCGCGGAGGCCGCGCUCCUCGGGAAGGGCCGGUACAAGGUGUGGGCCCUCGCCGCCAUCGCGCUCCUCGCGCUCUGGUCCAUGUCGGCCGCCUCUGUCUCCCUCCGCUGGUCAGCCGGUGACCUAGCCGCCGCUGUCUCAGGGGACCUCGACGCGCCACUCCGCGACGAUCUCGAUUCCCUCGAGAUGGAGGAAAGGGAGAAAUUAGUUGGUCGGAUGUGGGACAUGUACACACGCACCAGCGAUGAGGUACGCCUUCCACGGUUCUGGCAGGAAGCAUUCGAGGCUGCAUACGAGGAGCUUGCUGGUGAUGAUAUGCAGGUCCGCGACACGGCCAUCUCUGAGAUUGCUCGAAUGUCAGCCCACAGACUUGAGCUUGAGCAGCCUAUGAAUGCGAACCAGGAAGAGGGCAAGGUGAGCAUCAUGAAUAAUGAUCAUGGCAGAGUGAAGCAGUAGUUUCAAAACUGAAGAUCUAUCACAGUCGCGGACAACAAAUAUCAGAAGCUGAACUUUGAAGCUUUUAUGUAAACUGAAAUUUUCUGUAUGGGAGGGCAAGCAAAUGCUUGCCAUGAUGCAAAGUUUUAACUUCCCCGCAGUAGAGCAUUGUAUUAUGUUCGAGAUCGAUAAGAACGAACGAUCGAAAGAGUUGUAAAGUGAAUCAAGUCGUCUUUAUUGAUAGUGAUGGAUCCUUAUAUACAACAUGUA